CGAAUGACCGUUUUUCGCUUGGUGUGAUUGCGUUUUGGCGGCAACAGCGAUGAUGACACACCGCAGCAGUGAUGGUGGUGAUGGCAGUGGCAGUGUGCAGAUGGGGACAGCGGUGACAUGGGCGGCUGGGGUUGAGCCGAGGCUGGACGCCGUGAAGGCAAGCAUGAAGAGCGUGUUUGGGUUUGACAGCUUCAGGGGACUGCACCAAGAAAAGGCGGUCAAGUGCCUCGUGCAAGGUGGAGGCAAGUCCCUGUGCUAUCAGCUGCCAGCCAUUGUGCUUCCAGGAGUAUCCUUUGUUGUGUCGCCUCUCAUUGCCCUCAUCCAAGACCAGGUGGAUACACUGCAAGGGCGCGGGAUCAAGUGCGCUGCUCUCAAUUCAUCUAUUCCCAAGCAGCAACAGGGAGCCAUCCUGUCUGACCUCGAGUCGGCAGCACCAACGCUCAAGCUUGUUUACAUCACACCAGAGUCCCUGCUCCACCCAGAGAUGCAGCGGCGUCUACGUCGGCUAGACCACCUCAACCUCCUCGGCAUCUUUGCCGUGGACGAGGCACACUGCGUCUCCCAGUGGGGCCACGACUUCCGGCCCGCCUUCACGCGGUUGGGAGACCUUAAAGCUCAGUUCCCACACAUCCCUCUCUUGGCUGCAACGGCCACGGCAAAGCGGGACGUCGUGCGUGACGUCAUCUCCAUCCUGCACAUGACGCAACCAACCGUCAUCCGCGGCACAGUGGACCGCCCGAACCUCUUCUACCAGGGUACACAUGCAAUGGAGGCAUGGUUGGAGUUGAUGCCUCCACGUCUCUCAUCACGCCACCGCUGCUGUCCCGUAGGCCCGCUGCCCUGUGGCAUUGUGUAUGUGCACAAGCGCGAGGACUGCGAUUCCCUCGCCGGCGCCCUUGCAGGGUGCAAGUUGCGGACGGCUGCGUAUCAUGCGGGCGUGUCGCCCAAACAGCGCGCCGACCUGCAGCAGCAGUGGACAGACAAUCGCAUUCAGAUCAUUGUGGCGACAAUUGCGUUUGGAAUGGGAAUUGACAAGCCAGAUGUUCGCUUUGUCGUCCACUGGAACAUGUCCAAGAGCAUGGAGGCGUACUAUCAGGAGGCCGGACGCGCGGGCCGCGACGGCAAGCAGAGCUACUGCCGGCUCUACUUUUCUCUCGAGGACAAAUCCCUCCACGAAUUCUUCUUCAAGAAAGAGGUUGCGCGGGCCGCCGCCGCCUCGAAGAAGACGUCGGCGAACCCCAACAGCCUGCACGCCCUCGGCAUGUACUGCCAGACCGCAGCGUGCCGGCACGUCAUGCUCGCCCAGUACUUUGGCGAAAAGCUCAAGGCCUGCGCUUCCAUGUGCGACUUUUGCACGGAGCCGGACGCUGUCCGAGAGAGUUUGGGGCGGAUGAAGCGGGAUCGGAUGGUGCAUCUUUCCAAGCGCUCGCGGGUUGGGGCGCGAUGGGCGACGCAGAAAUCUGACAGUGAGAUUGAUAAUUAUCCGCAGGACGACGAUGACGACAGCGGCGCCUAUGGAAGGCGGACAGUGGACGACUUUGAACAAGGACGCGCAGCACUGCAAACGCUUGCGCAGAUGUUGAAAUCCCGCGCGCGCCCGACGACGACCAGCAGAUCUCGACUCGCAAUCCCCAAGGACUGCCCACUCAAGCACGCGGAUGACACGGGAAACGUUCGCGGCCUCAGCGUCGAGCGACGAAUGACGGCGCUGUCGACCAUCACGUCGCACUUAAGGUCGAAUUACACAUCCGCACGCGCGUGUGUGUACGAGCCAGAGGCGCUGCUGUUUCGCACGAGAGACGACGCCGUGCUAUUGGAGUGUGAGGUGAUGGCGGCGGCACGCACGUCAAGCGCAUACACGAUGAAGUUGAGGCAACUCAAUGACGAUGUGGCGGCAGCGACGGCGCAGGGGAAGCUGUACACGUGCCCUGCACUCGCACGCGCGCGAGCACGCGUCAAGAAGAAGGAGCCAGCAGCAAGCGGUGGUGGCGGUGGUGGUGAUGGAAACCAGCAGGGAGAAACAGCGAUGAAGGAAGAGAGCGGGGGCGUCAUUGUCAUUGAUGACGAUGACGAUGGGCACAAUGAUGGCAAAUAUGGCGGUUAUGGCGAUGAAGGCGUGCAGUCAACAGCGCAUGCAACGACAUCAACACCAGCAACGACACCAGCAAGUGGCACGGGCACGAACAGUCACCAACAAAGCGGCAGCGACAGCAGCAACGCACCUCGACCUGUCUCUACUUCAGUGCCAGCAGCGAGGGCGCCACGAGCGGUGUGGUUCUUUGAGAAGAAGACAGGGAACACGAAGCAGGAUGGCGAUGAUGAUGAAGAUGGUGAUGGUGAUGAAGACGAUGAGGAUGGAGGAAGGAAAGAUGGUGGUGUGGGCAGCGCCAACGAUGAUGACAGGAAUGGUAACAAUGACGCGAGUGAUGACCGGGCGCACAAGCGAGCAAAGACGCACUCACUCCAUCACCACGUUGCACACGCCACACCCUCUUCAUCAUCAUCGUCGUCAUCAUCGUCGUCGUUAUCAGCUGUCUCGAACGCGAAGACUGCGCGAAGACGACCGCCAGACUCAAUUGUCAAACUUGUCAAGCACUACCUGAAGCCAGCAUAUGUCAAUCGAGACAUUACCGCAGAAACGUUCAAGCGGUUGGCCAAGCGAAUAUCGGUGGAGAUUGCCAAUGCAGACCUGAGACGGGAUGACGUGAAGGGCCAAGUCAAGAAGAGGGUUGCUCACGCACUCGCAGUGGCUCAACACUGA